GUCAAGUCACUAUGAUGCUUCCCCGCCAUCCUCUUUCAUCUUGACAUUUGUUCAGGACGAACGUUUAUUUUUCGGCAUAACACGUUUCGUGUCUAAGCGACUUAAAAAAUGCGUUACGUGGCCGCGUAUUUACUGGCUGUGCUCGGCGGUAAGGUGAACCCCGCAGCAGCGGACGUUGAGAAGAUCCUCAGCUCCGUGGGUAUCGAAGCCGACGGCGAGAAGCUGAAGAAGGUCAUUGCUGAGCUCACCGGCAAGAAUGUCGAGGAGCUGAUCGAGCAGGGCCGCGAGAAGCUGUCCUCCAUGCCUGUGGGUGGCGCUGCCCCCGCUGCCGCUGGAGGCGCUGCGCCCGCUGCUGCUGCCGCCGAAGAGAAGAAAGAAGAGGAAGCCAAGAAGGAGGAGUCUGAGUCGGAAGACGAUGACAUGGGCUUCGGUCUGUUCGACUAAAUGCACUUCGCAGUUCGCGCGGCGCUGGUCGUUAUUCCAUUUUGUAUGGUUUAAGCGUAAUAUGUCAGCAUUUAUGUUUCUAUGAAAUAUAUUGCUAAUAAACGUUCAUGGAAAUUUUAUUUCUAUAA